GGCUUGUAUUUCCGUACAGGAUAUAAAGCACGCUUGUUAGACUCAUUUAUCCGUCUGAUCAAUUCAUGCAGCGCGAGCAUCGCAUGUCCGUUUAAUCCGCAGGAUUCUGAUUCGUACGUCGUCUCUAAAAGUACCACCAGCAUUUUUCUAAUCUCCUCACCGCGUGUCAUAAUGACUAAAAAUAAACUGGCCUCCUUCGGGAAGAUGCUGAUGAGACGUCGUUUGCUGGACACCAGUCAGGAUGAAACCCGCUUCUCUCGAUGUCUCACCACGCUGGACCUCACAGCCCUAGGUGUGGGAGCAACACUGGGUGCGGGUGUUUAUGUCCUGGCUGGGGAAGUGGCCAGAGACAAGGCUGGACCUGCCAUAGUGCUUUCAUUCCUCAUUGCAGCCCUGUCUUCAGUUCUUGCCGGUCUGUGCUACGCUGAAUUCGGUGCACGGGUUCCCAAAACAGGAUCUGCUUACCUGUACAGCUAUGUCACAGUGGGUGAAAUAUGGGCCUUCAUCACAGGAUGGAACCUCAUUCUGUCGUAUGUGAUAGGCACUGCUAGUGUGGCAAGAGCUUGGAGUUCAACUUUUGACAGUCUGGUGGAGAAAAAGAUCUCUGGUUUCUUUAAAGACUCCAUGUCUUUUCCAGAUACUGGAAAAGUGUUGGCUGACUAUCCAGACCUGUUCGCUCUUAUCCUGGUCAUGCUACUGACUGGAUUAUUGGCAUUUGGAGUGAGUGAGUCUGCACUUGUCAACAAGAUCUUCACAGUAGUCAACCUGGUGGUUCUGACAUUUGUCAUCAUAUCAGGCUUCGUGAAAGGCAACACUGCCAACUGGAAUCUUACUGUGGAGGAUUUUAUUAACAGCACCAACCAGUCGCUAACAGAACAAGAAAUUGAGAAAAAAUUUGGCUCGGGCGGCUUUGCUCCAUUCGGUCUAACCGGAAUCCUUUCCGGUGCUGCCACAUGCUUCUAUGCCUUCGUGGGUUUUGACUGCAUCGCUACUACGAGCGAGGAGGCCAAAAACCCUAUGCGUUCCAUCCCAAUAGGGAUAGUGGCCUCUCUGCUCAUCUGCUUUGUUGCAUACUUUGGAGUCUCAGCAGCUCUCACCCUCAUGAUACCCUAUUACCUGUUGGACGAUAAGAGUCCGCUUCCCAAGGCUUUCAGCUAUAUACAGUGGGACCCUGCACGCUAUUUAGUGGCUGUGGGUUCCCUAUGUGCUCUUUCCACCAGCUUAUUGGGCUCCAUGUUCCCUAUGCCUCGUGUGAUUUACGCUAUGGCUGAGGAUGGUUUGCUCUUCCGUUCCCUCUCCCGCAUACACAAGAAAACGAAGACACCCGUGUUGGCCACCAUCGUGUCUGGCAUGGUGGCAGCUUUGAUGGCCUUCCUGUUUGAACUCGAUGCCUUAGUGGAUUUGAUGUCCAUUGGGACGCUGCUUGCAUACACACUCGUCGCUGUGUGCAUACUCAUUCUCCGAUAUCAGCCAGGCACUCUUGGCUCAAGAGGUGUGAAACGGAGGCCAAUGGAGAUACAGCGGCUGGAGGCAAAAGGAGCCAUGGCAGAUGUGGAUAGUGGAGAUGAGUCUGGCCAGGAGCUAGAGACAACACCACUUAAAGAGAAGUUUCUCAUCAGGCUGCUAGUGCAGCCUAGCUGUGACGUGCCAAAUAUGAUGUCGGGCUCGAUUGUUUAUUCUGUAACAGGCAUCAUCUCUGUGCUUUUCACACUGCUAUGUGUGGUGCUGUCGGUGUGUGGAGAGAAAGUGGGGAAGGGCAGCCCUGUUCAUAUUACUGUGGUUGUUGUGCUAACUCUUCUGUCCUGCAUCUGCAUCUUUAUUAUUUGGAGACAGCCCCAGAGCAAGGAAGUUCUUACCUUUAAGGUUCCCUUUCUCCCCUUGCUGCCUUUGGUCAGUAUGUUUGUAAAUAUUUACCUCAUGAUGCUAUUCGACAGAUAUACGUGGUUACGUUUCACAGUUUGGAUGGUUAUUGGUUUUCUUAUUUAUUUUGUGUAUGGUAUAUGGAACAGCUCGGAAGGUCUAAAUAAUUCUCCACAAAAACUUGAGCCCAUUCUGCAAGGAAAAAGACCCAUCUAUCUGACCGAAGAUGAGAGUGAAAUUGAGGGGGGCAUGCCCUAGGAAGAGAAACUGGAUUGGUCUGGCAGCCAUGUUACAACCAGUUUUGUAACAUGCAGCAGUUUCACAUGUGCACCUUAUGUUUUAUCUGAAGUCUGCUUUGAAAACUGACAAAGAGUGUUUUAUACAGUGCGUCAACUGUAUAUUAUUUCUGAUUGUUUACCUUGUGUCAGUGUAUAAUGCUACUGUAACAAACAUGUGUGAACAGUAUUUGAUCUAGUCUUACAAGGUCUUUAUGUGGAAGUAUUUUUUUCUGUUACCAGAUCAGAGGUGGGGCAGAACUGUUGCAUAAGAAAAUGUGCUUGUGUGCAGGGUGUCUUUCUGCCUGUGGGGGUUUCUGGUCAUUUAAGUUGACUCUUGUCCCAUAGUGAAUGGGAUUGUGUUCAGGAAAGAUAGUUUUGGAAAGAAGGGUGAAUUCAAGUUGAGGUCAAAAAGUGAAGUCACUUUAUAUUUGUGACCCUGGACAACAAAACCAGUCUUAAGUAGCACGGGAACAUUUUUAGUAAUCGGCAAAAAUACAUGGUAGGGGUAAAAAUUAACGAUUUUUCUUUUUGCCAAAAAUCAUUAGGAUAUUAAGUAAAGAUCAUGUUCCAUGAAUAUAUUUUAUAGAUUUCCUACUGUAUAUGUAUAAAAACUUUAUUUUUGUGAGUGGAUGGCCUGCUACAGUGCCUCAGAUUAACAACUUCAAAGGCGAUUUUCUCAAUAUUUAGAUUUUUUUGCACCCUCAGAUUCCAGCUUUGUAAAUAGUUGUUGUUCCGCCAGAUAGUGUCCUAUCCUAACAAACCAUAUAUCAAUAGAAAGCUUAUUUCUUCAGCUUUCAGAUGAUGUAAAAAUCUCAAUUUCGAAAAAUUGACCCUUAAGACUGGUUUUGUCGGGUCACAUUUAGUAAAACAAUGUGUUGUUUGUUUUGAAUUCAAAACGUCCUAGUAAUUCAUUUUAUAAACUUGACAUGAUUGGAGAAAAGAUUAUAGAUGAAAAAAAUAUAUUUAUUUGUGAUAUAUUUAGAACUGCCAUUUUGUCAGGAGUUUUCUAUUUGCAAAAGUAUAUUCUUUAUUUUUGUGAUGUAUUUUUGUGAUGAUGUAUAGGCUACACGUAUUUAUGUACCAGUGGGAGGAAAUAGUUGACAUUAUCUCUUUGUCAUUAACUUAAUAUUUUUUUACUUGGGUGAUGAACUUUGGUUACAAUUUUACUUUUUAUCAUCAGCAUCUAAGCACUUUUAUUCCGAUGAUAAUUGUUAUCUUAAGAUAACAGUUUAUGUAGUUUUCAUAAUGUUUUUUGUGAAAACAUUGGACUAUACGUUUUCUUUAUGAAAAGGUGGUCAUGGUGGGGAUUACAUUGUACAUGAGAUUAUGACAAUUUACUGAGGUGUCUUUUUUGACCGGGACAUGAUAUUUUAAUUACAUGAACAUUAAAGCAGAAUGUAUCGAUUUAUUUUACAUAUCUUAAUUCAUUACGAUUUGCUGGCGCUACAGAAUUUUACAGCUAAUGUUUACACAAAGCUGCUUUCCAGUUAAUUAAAACCAUAUCUGUUAGGUGAUCACGUGCUUUCCUGUGGCUCAGUGGUUAGAGCAUGGCGCUCGCAACGCCAAGGUCAUGGAUUCGAUCACAGGGGAUUGCACAUACUUAGAAACAAAUGUAGAGUACAAUGCAAUGUAAGUCGCUUUGGAUAAAAGCGUCUGCCAAAUGCGUAAAUCUUACAAAUAUGUAUCAGUCAGUUGUAGGCCUUUUAUCUUUAAAGAGAGUCAGCCUUCUACCUGGAUAGCAGAGGAAUAAUUUUCUACUUCAGUGAUGUUUACAUGGCUUACUACUAUGUGACUGACACAUUUUUCAGAAGUAUUGCUUUGCUUAUUAUGUUAAUGGAACAUGCAUAUUUGUUUAAUCUAUUGUAAGUUAAAUUGUUUAUGUGCAUUUUUGUAAAUAGCCUAAAUGUGCCUUUGCUAUCAAUAAAUAUAUCUAAA